GCCGUGACGGGGGCGGGCAUUUUAACGAACGGUUGGCGGACGGAUGAAGAAAGAGUUUGACCAGUAAUCGCUCCGAUCCCUUCUUCCCUUCGUUGUCGUAGCAGCUGGGAGGAGCGAGCGUUGGUUCGCAAGAUCAUCUGCAGAAAUUUUGCAGGGAGUCAAAAAGGGGCUCGGAGGAAGAUCAAGACUGUGAAGAGACAUGAACGCUCUCACCUGGCACAAAGUCGCUGCCGUCUCUGGAGUAGCGGCUCUUGGAUUGGGGACGUAUGGCGCCCAUGUCUUCAGACCCCAAAAUCCCUCUUACAAGGAGGUAUGGCAAACAGCCUCUUUGUACCAUCUGGUUCACACGGCUGCACUUGUCACUGCCCCUUUCACCAAACGUCCCCAUGUCUUCGGAGGGCUCUUGACUGCUGGAAUCGUUUUGUUCUCCGGGUCGUGCUACGCAGCGGCAUUGUAUGAGGACAGAGAUUACUCCAUGUUGGCACCCGUUGGAGGUUUCGCGUUUGUAGCUGCUUGGGCAAGCUUGCUAUUUUAAGGAUCUGAAGGAAACAGGAACUCGAGAUCUGUAAAUACCACGUACCAUGAUCGAGAUCUCAAAAAAUCGGAUGUGCCCGUUUCAGGUUUAACUUAAUUGGAAAUCUGUGUUCAUUCUGCUGCUGAAAAUUCAUUGGGUUUCUCUGUCAUCAUGUAUAAGCUGAGAUUCUGAAGGAUUACCCACAGUGGUUCAUGUCUGUUGUUUUAAGAAACCCAAGAAAACACCAUACUCCUUGAUCAGUCGGUCCGAUGCAAUUCAAAUGUUGUAAUGCAUCGACCAUGGUUUAACUGGGUGAAUAACCCUGGGAACGAUUCUCUAGUUCCUGUGAAAUAAAUGCAGUGCUAGUGAAGUUGUACCAA